AUUGUUUUGUAUUAUUCAUUUUUUUCCACAGAAUCACAACAGCCUAGAUGAUCCGAUGGCGCAGCCACGAAAUGUACUCCUGGGUAGUUUAAUCAUUGUCAUGUUUGUCAUCAGCUACACUUCGGCAAAUAACAUACUAGUAAACCCAAUGAUUGGGAAAGGGAGCCAUUUCUACACAUCAGCAGCAAUCGGGGAACAGCUCAUUCACCGGGGCUACAACGUCACCUUUCUCCUCGGUAGUGCGUUUGAGAAUCAUGCCAGAAGCAGCCGGUAUGGUCACAUGUUUCAUUGGGAAGUCUUUAAGCAUCCAAUUCCGACGCAAGCAGUCCACGACAUGUUCGCUAACUUGAGUAAACUGAUAUCCGAUUCGGCAAGAGACGUCACAUAUGAGUUGCCAGUACAAUCUGUGUUGCAAGAGGCUCGACUAAAUGACUGCAGGGCUUUACUGGAGGACGAAGCCUUAAUUGGACGUCUUCGGGCUGCCAAUUUCUCAGCAGUAUUGUUCGACUAUACGUGGGUGUGCGGUGCAAUGGUCGGCGAGUUGCUUGAUCUACCAUACUUUGUGUUUUUUAUAUUCCCUUAUUCCUGCCAUGUAACAUCAAUUGAGGGAUCAUCUUUUCACCCAGCGUAUAUACCAAGCAUGAUGACAUCUUACUCUAACAAGAUGAACUUCAAGGAACGAGUCAUAAACUCGUUGGUUUACACACUUUUAGAAAAAAUUUUAGGUCCAAACUUAGUUGCUCCAUACAAAGAGUUGACAUUGAGGUUUGGCAUACCAGAUCCAUUGGAGCUUCUGACAAACUCUAAACUGUGGUUAGUCAAUAGCGAUUUUGUCGGAGAGUUCCCAUGCGCUUUCGCCCCGAACGUCAUACAGGUUGGGGGUCUUACAACAAGGGCAGCAGAAGAACUUCCUGCAGACAUAGAGGACUUUAUCCAAGGGUCAGGCGACGACGGAAUCAUCAUCUGUGCAUUUGGAACUUUCCUUAUCCUAGACGAUUCUAAUCUCCAUGUGAUUAGGAUAUUUGCAGAAGCGUUCGAUAGAUUGCCACAAAGAGUCAUCUGGCUUCUGAAGACCCCACCUCCAUUUCCGAUUCCUGCAAACAUCAAGAUCUUACCCUGGUUGCCCCAGAACGAUAUCCUAGGCCAUCCCCAAACAAGAGCUCUCUUUUUCCAUGGAGGUCAAAAUAGUUAUUAUGAAGCCAUCUAUCACGGUGUUCCAGUAGUUGUAAUGCCUAUAUUUGGUGACCAGAAUGACGUUGCAACAAGAAUCGUGCACCACGGUUUGGGCUUGAAAUUGGACAAAGGUUUUAUGAAUGCAGAAAAUCUGUAUGACGCGCUGCAUGAAGUUACGACCAACGCAACCUAUACGAAAACAGCAAAACGGAUGUCAUCCGCUUUCCAAGAUCGACCAAUGAGACCAGCUGAGAGGGCAGCAUUUUGGAUUGAUCACGCAAUUAAACAUGGCACGAACAAUCUUGAGAUACCUGUACACACCUUAAACCCCUUUCAGUAUUACCUUAUAGAUGUAAUUUCUUUCAUUUUAGUUGUUGUGUUCUUCUUUUUUUAUAUUGUAUUUAAAUGUUGCAUGCUGAUUUGUUCCAAGGCUUGUAAUUGUUAUAUAAAAUCAAAAAUUGAUUAGUUCGGAAAAUUGCUGGGUAUCCUUCAUAUGUAAAACGUAUUAUAGUAUGAAUAACCAACCUCUCUAUUAGUCAUUGUCAUAGAAUAUCUUCACUUUUUCAUAUAAGGAAAACGGAUCCUUUAAGUUUAGGUUCAUUUCAGAGGGAUUUAUCUGUUUUAGAAUGGAAUGAAUUAUUUUUUGUGUGAUGUAGAUGAAGCCUAUAAUUCAUUUUAAACACAUUUAAAACUGUGUAUGAUCAUAACUUUGAUGUUCGUAAAGUGAAGAAAAGAAAACUGCCACGAAAACCUUGGAUAACCUCUUCACUGGUAAAAAAAAAAGAAGAAGAUUAACACAAAGUAUAGAUUGUAUAAUACAUUUUGUCAGAAAAGAAACGACAGCAGUGAAUGUAGAUUUUAAAAAUGUAGAAAUAAAUUAAACUAAAUGUUACAGUCUGUAAGAAAAAUAUAUUGUUGUGAUUUAUUACAGAAGAAUAGAUAUAAUAUUUCUAAAACUUGGGAUUGUAAUAAUGAAAAAGGAAAAUGUCAAUAUCCUAAUUAUUUUCUUAAGGGUAAGAACAAUUUAACUGAUCGUCAACUGAUUGUAAAUGAAUUUAAAUCUUAUUAUUCUAAUAUUGCUACAAAUCUAAAAUAUGAACAUAUUCAAAAUACUAAGUCCAAUUUUAGUUCAUUAUUACGAGAUCCUUAUAGCAAAUCAAUAUUUUUUCAUCCUACCAAUGAAACAGAAAUUUUGAAUAAUGUCAAAAUGCUCAAUUAUACUAAGAGCACAUAUUUUGAAGGAAUAGGUCAAUACAUUAUUAAACAUGUUAUACAUUUUAUUGUUAAAUCUAUUGUUUUUAUAUGUAACCUCUCCUUCUUGUCAGGAAAAGUCCCCAAGAAUUUUAAAGGAAAUAUCAUACCCAUAUUUAAAAAAGGGUGAUCCCCACAUAUUCUUUAAUUAUCUACCAAUAUCAUUACUCCCCUGUCUUUCUAAGAUACUGGAGAAAUUAAUUUAAAAUAGGCUCUUUAAUCAUAUUAAUACAAAUAAUUUUCUGAAUGUUUCUCAAUAUGGUUUUAGAAACAAAAUCAUCAUGUGGACAUGCUCUAAUUGACCUUUAUGAUCACAUUCUCAAUAAAUUAAAUUAAAAUUGCAUACGUUAGGCAUGUUUCUUGAUUUGUCAAAAGCUUUCGAUGUCAUUAACCACGAUAUUCUCCUCACUAAAUUACAGUAUUUUGGUAUACGUGGAAUUGCUUGGGAAUGGUUCAGGGACUAUUUAUUAAAGUGAUCGUAUUCAAUUCACAUCAUACAACAGCUUUAUUUCUGACAGAGAGAGGAUCCAGUAUGGAGUCCCACAGGUCUCCAUGCUGGGUCCUCUCCUAUUUUUAAUUUACAUGAAUGACCUUUGUUCUGCUUCAUCUUUUUUUCAUUUUGUCUUAUUUGCUGACGACAUAAACCUGAUUGUAUCUCAUAAUUUUUUUGAUAAAUAAACGUCGGAAGUAAAGAAAGAA